UCCCGGCGAGGCCCAGAGCGGGCCGGGGGCGGCGGCGGCUGGAGGAGCCCCCCCCACCUCCGGUCGGGCGCCCGGCUCAGCCGCCGGCGACGCGAGGCGCUCGUGGGGAUUUGCAACUCGCCGGAUCGAGUCCUCGCCGGCGGGGCCGCUGCUGCUGGGGAAGCUGCUGCUGGUGGCCACAGGUUGGCACCAGGGCCCUGGACUUUAGAAGCCGUUGCUGCCCUCUCUGUCACCUGAAGCGGGGCCCUCUCCCAUCCCACCCUUGCCCCGCCUCCCUGCCCCCACCGGGCCGGCCCUGCCCGCCGCCGGACCCUGGCAUGUCAAGACCUGGUCCGCGCCUGCCUGCCCAGCCCGCGGAACCCCGGCGGCCCCGCGAGCUAGGAUGAGGGGCCAGGCCGCCGCCCCGGGCCCCGUCUGGAUCCUCGCCCCGCUGCUGCUGCUGCUGCUGCUGCUGGGACGCCGCGCGCGGGCGGCCGCCGGAGCAGACGCGGGGCCCGGGCCAGAGCCGUGCGCCACGCUGGUGCAGGGAAAGUUCUUCGGCUACUUCUCCGCGGCCGCCGUGUUCCCGGCCAACGCCUCGCGCUGCUCCUGGACGCUACGCAACCCGGACCCGCGGCGCUACACUCUGUACAUGAAGGUGGCCAAGGCGCCCGUGCCCUGCAGCGGCCCCGGCCGCGUGCGCACCUACCAGUUCGACUCCUUCCUCGAGUCCACGCGCACCUACCUGGGCGUGGAGAGCUUCGACGAGGUGCUGCGGCUCUGCGACCCCUCCGCACCCCUGGCCUUCCUGCAGGCCAGCAAGCAGUUCCUGCAGAUGCGGCGCCAGCAGCCGCCCCAGCACGUCGGACUCCGGCCCCGGGCCGGGCCGCCGGGCCCCACCGACGACUUCUCCGUGGAGUACCUGGUGGUGGGGAACCGCAACCCCAGCCGUGCCGCCUGCCAGAUGCUGUGCCGCUGGCUGGACGCAUGUCUGGCCGGUAGCCGCAGCUCGCACCCCUGCGGGAUCAUGCAGACCCCCUGCGCCUGCCUGGGCGGCGAGGCGGGCGGCCCUGCCGCGGGACCCCUGGCCCCCCGCGGGGAUGUCUGCUUGAGAGAUGCGGUGGCUGGUGGCCCUGAAAACUGCCUCACCAGCCUGACCCAGGACCGGGGCGGGCACGGCGCCACAGGCGGCUGGAAGCUGUGGUCCCUGUGGGGCGAAUGCACGCGGGACUGCGGGGGAGGCCUCCAGACGCGGACGCGCACCUGCCUGCCCGCGCGGGGCGUGGAGGGCGGCGGCUGCGAGGGGGUGCUGGAGGAGGGUCGCCAGUGCAACCGCGAGGCCUGCGGCCCCGCUGGGCGUACCAGCUCCCGGAGCCAGUCCCUGCGGUCCACAGAUGCCCGGCGGCGCGAGGAGCUGGGGGACGAGCUGCAGCAGUUUGGGUUCCCAGCCCCCCAGACCGGUGACCCAGCAGCCGAGGAGUGGUCCCCGUGGAGCGUGUGCUCCAGCACCUGCGGCGAGGGCUGGCAGACCCGCACGCGCUUCUGCGUGUCCUCCUCCUACAGCACGCAGUGCAGCGGACCCCUGCGCGAGCAGCGGCUGUGCAACAACUCUGCCGUGUGCCCAGUGCAUGGUGCCUGGGAUGAGUGGUCGCCCUGGAGCCUCUGCUCCAGCACCUGUGGCCGUGGCUUUCGGGAUCGCACGCGCACCUGCAGGCCCCCCCAGUUUGGGGGCAACCCCUGUGAGGGCCCUGAGAAGCAAACCAAGUUCUGCAACAUUGCCCUGUGCCCUGGCCGGGCAGUGGAUGGAAACUGGAAUGAGUGGUCGAGCUGGAGCGCCUGCUCCGCCAGCUGCUCCCAGGGCCGACAGCAGCGCACGCGUGAAUGCAACGGGCCUUCCUACGGGGGUGCCGAGUGCCAGGGCCACUGGGUGGAGACCCGAGACUGCUUCCUGCAGCAGUGCCCAGUGGAUGGCAAGUGGCAGGCCUGGGCGUCAUGGGGCAGUUGCAGUGUCACGUGUGGGGCUGGCAGCCAGCGACGGGAGCGUGUCUGCUCUGGGCCCUUCUUCGGGGGAGCAGCCUGCCAGGGCCCCCAGGAUGAGUACCGGCAGUGCGGCACCCAGCGGUGUCCCGAGCCCCAUGAGAUCUGUGAUGAGGACAACUUUGGUGCUGUGAUCUGGAAGGAGACCCCAGCGGGAGAGGUGGCUGCCGUCCGGUGUCCCCGCAAUGCCACAGGACUCAUCCUGCGACGGUGUGAGCUGGACGAGGAAGGCAUCGCCUACUGGGAGCCCCCCACCUACAUCCGCUGUGUUUCCAUUGACUACAGAAACAUCCAGAUGAUGACCCGGGAGCACCUGGCCAAGGCUCAGCGAGGGCUGCCCGGGGAGGGGGUCUCGGAGGUCAUCCAGACACUGGUGGAGAUCUCUCAGGACGGGACCAGCUACAGUGGGGACCUGCUGUCCACCAUCGAUGUCCUGAGGAACAUGACAGAGAUUUUCCGGAGAGCGUACUACAGCCCCACCCCUGGGGACGUACAGAACUUUGUCCAGAUCCUUAGCAACCUGCUGGCAGAGGAGAAUCGGGACAAGUGGGAGGAGGCCCAGCUGGCGGGCCCCAACGCCAAGGAGCUGUUCCGGCUGGUGGAGGACUUUGUGGACGUCAUCGGCUUCCGCAUGAAGGACCUGAGGGAUGCAUACCAGGUGACAGACAACCUGGUCCUCAGCAUCCAUAAGCUCCCAGCCAGCGGAGCCACUGACAUCAGCUUCCCCAUGAAGGGCUGGCGGGCCACGGGUGACUGGGCCAAGGUGCCGGAGGACAGGGUCACUGUGUCCAAGAGUGUCUUCUCCACGGGGCUGGCAGAGGCCGAUGAAGCAUCCGUGUUUGUGGUGGGCACCGUGCUCUACAGGAACCUGGGCAGCUUCCUGGCCCUGCAGAGGAACACGACCGUCCUGAAUUCCAAGGUGAUCUCCGUGACUGUGAAACCCCCGCCUCGCUCCCUGCGCACACCCUUGGAGAUCGAGUUUGCCCACAUGUAUAAUGGCACCACCAACCAGACCUGUAUCCUGUGGGAUGAGACGGAUGUACCCUCCUCCUCCGCCCCCCCGCAGCUCGGGCCCUGGUCGUGGCGCGGCUGCCGCACGGUGCCCCUCGACGCCCUCCGGACGCGCUGCCUCUGUGACCGGCUCUCCACCUUCGCCAUCUUAGCCCAGCUCAGCGCCGACGCGAACAUGGAGAAGGCGACUCUGCCAUCGGUGACGCUCAUCGUGGGCUGUGGCGUGUCCUCUCUCACCCUGCUCAUGCUGGUCAUCAUCUACGUGUCCGUGUGGAGGUACAUUCGCUCAGAGCGUUCUGUCAUCCUCAUCAACUUCUGCCUGUCCAUCAUCUCCUCCAAUGCCCUCAUUCUCAUCGGGCAGACCCAGACCCGCAACAAGGUGGUGUGCACGCUGGUGGCCGCCUUCCUGCACUUCUUCUUCCUGUCCUCCUUCUGCUGGGUGCUCACCGAGGCCUGGCAGUCCUACAUGGCCGUGACGGGCCACCUCCGGAACCGCCUCAUCCGCAAGCGCUUCCUCUGCCUGGGCUGGGGGCUCCCUGCACUGGUUGUGGCCAUUUCCGUGGGAUUCACCAAGGCCAAAGGGUACAGCACCAUGAACUACUGCUGGCUCUCCCUGGAGGGGGGACUGUUGUAUGCCUUCGUGGGACCUGCCGCUGCCGUUGUGCUGGUGAACAUGGUCAUUGGGAUCCUGGUGUUCAACAAGCUCGUGUCCAAAGACGGCAUCACGGACAAGAAGCUGAAGGAGCGGGCAGGUCAGCCGCCCCCGCACCCCCUCGGGCGCGCCCUCAAGUGUGCCGAGUGUGGAGUCUUCCCUGCUGCCGAUGCCACCUCCGACGCCACCAGUAACGCCAUGGCCUCCCUGUGGAGCUCCUGCGUGGUGCUGCCGCUGCUGGCGCUGACCUGGAUGUCGGCUGUGCUCGCCGUCACCGACCGCCGCUCCGCCCUCUUCCAGAUCCUCUUCGCUGUCUUCGACUCGCUGGAGGGCUUCGUCAUCGUCAUGGUGCACUGUAUCCUCCGUAGAGAGGUCCAGGAUGCUGUGAAAUGCCGUGUGGUUGACCGGCAGGAGGAGGGCAACGGGGACUCAGGGGGCUCCUUCCAGAACGGCCACGCCCAGCUCAUGACCGACUUCGAGAAGGACGUGGAUCUGGCCUGUAGAUCAGGUGAGCGCCCGACAGUGCUGAACAAGGACAUCGCGGCCUGCCGCACUGCCACCAUCACGGGCACACUGAAGCGGCCGUCUCUGCCCGAGGAGGAGAAGCUGAAGCUGGCCCAUGCCAAGGGGCCGCCCACCAAUUUCAACAGCCUGCCGGCCAACGUGUCCAAGCUGCACCUGCACGGCUCACCCCGCUACCCCGGCGGGCCCCUGCCCGAUUUCCCCAACCACUCACUGACCCUCAAGAGGGACAAGGCGCCCAAGUCCUCCUUCGUCGGUGACGGGGACAUCUUCAAGAAGCUGGACUCAGAGCUGAGCCGGGCCCAGGAGAAGGCUCUGGACACGAGCUACGUGAUCCUGCCCACGGCCACGGCCACACUGCGGCCCAAGCCCAAGGAGGAGCCCAAGUACAGCAUCCACAUUGACCAGAUGCCGCAGACCCGCCUCAUCCACCUCAGCACGGCCCCCGAGGCCAGCCUCCCCGCCCGCAGCCCGCCCUCCCGCCAGCCCCCCAGCGGCGGGCCCCCCGAGGCACCCCCUGCCCAGCCCCCACCGCCUCCGCCCCCACCGCCACCACCUCCCCAGCAGCCCCUGCCCCCACCGCCCAAUCUGGAGCCAGCACCCCCCAGCCUGGGGGAUCCCGGGGAGCCUGCCGCCCAUCCGGGACCCAGCACGGGGCCCAGCACCAAGAAUGAGAAUGUCGCCACCUUGUCUGUGAGCUCCCUGGAGCGGCGGAAGUCACGGUAUGCAGAACUGGACUUUGAGGACUCACUGCCCAGACCCCGCCUGCAGAAGAUCAUGCACACCCGGAAGCGGCACCAAGACAUGUUCCAGGACCUGAACCGGAAGCUGCAGCACGCAGCGGAGAAGGACAAGGAGGUGCUGGGGCCGGACAGCAAGCAGCCGGAAAAGCAGCAGACGCCCAACAAGAGGCCCUGGGAGAGCCUCCGGAAAGCCCACGGGACGCCCACGUGGGUGAAGAAGGAGCUGGAGCCGCUGCAGCCGUCGCCGCUGGAGCUUCGCAGCGUGGAGUGGGAGAGGUCGGGCGCCACGAUCCCGCUGGUGGGCCAGGACAUCAUCGACCUCCAGACCGAGGUCUGAGCGGGUGGGCGGCGGCCACGCACUGGGCCAUGGAGGAGGGAUGCUGCUCCGCCCGCUCCUGCCGCAGACGGGCACAGACACGCUCGCGGGCGGCGGGCCAGGCCCGCACCCCGGCCUCAGGGCGCUCAGACGGCGGCCAGGCACAGGGCCCGCAGUGCUGGGACCAGAGCCAGAUGCAGGACAGGAGGCGGCCCGGCCAGCGGGCACAGGGCACCAGAGGCCGAAGGUGCCUCAGACUCUGCCCUCCUCGGGCCGAGGCCCAGCGGGCAGAUGGGCGGACGGCUGUGGACCGUGGACAGGCCCAGUGCGGCCAGCGUCCCAGGGUACCCACCUGAGCUCCUGCUGCGGAGGAGCAGCCUGCUUGGCCCGGCCGGCCUGGCACCGUUUUUUAAACACCCCCAUCCCUCGGGAAGCAGCCAGCUCCCCACACCUUCCAGGGCCCUAGGCCCCUCCUAGACCCAGGUGGAGAGCACAGCCCUCCGACCCUCAUGGCCCCCAGGGGCAGGACUGAGUCCCCUCCAGGAAGAAGCAGGGGGGAAUCUAUUUUUUCUCUCCUUUUCUUUUCUUCAAUAAAAAGAAUUAAAAACCCA